CAACAAAAAGACGUUAAAUUGUUACCUUGGACAGGGUCGAUUCAAAUUCUUGUAGUGACUAGAUAACGCAGGUCUACCUAAUGUGAGUAGUGAAUGUACAUGAAAGUGAUCCAAUGGAAUCAGUAGUUUUUACUAGAACAGACACAUUUUUGCAUUAUGUAUGUCGUACAGCAUUAUGGUUUUGCACAAGGGUCAUUUAACCAUAUACAGAAAGCUUGAUCUAUUUCAUCAUUAUGUGUCAGUAUUUUUUGGCUCCACAAAGGACAUCACACUUGUGGGAUUUUGGGAUCGAAUACAAUCUUCUUUGAAUAUUCUUGCAGGUACAUUGAAAGUACAAUGUUCAUUUGUGUUAAGGCGCUUGUAAUGGAUUUGUCUAUCUUGCCCAUUAGCGCUCCCGCUGGAAGCCUCGUGUAAAAACUCCAUUCAGCCACUUUUCCUCCCCCUCUUUUUCCUUCCAAAGCAAAAUCACAUGAUGUGUAUUUUGUCAUAUGACGCUGAUGAGAGGACUAGUCCCAGCUCAAGCAGGCUCCACAAGGGGAAAAAAAGUUGUCAGUGAUUUGUCAGAGACUAAAUGACGCUGUAGAUGAACUUUGGAGAGGAGAAGAGUCGCGGAGCAUCUCGGGGAGGAUGGACGGUUGGGCACCUUUGGCCCUGAUCCCUGCCUUUUGGUUCAUUGGCUUGGUGAUGAGUCAGACCACACCCACGCCCGCUGCCCUCACCACCCCUCUUGUGGACAACGCCACUGUUCUGACGCCAACUCCUGCUCUUGUCAGCAGCACUGCCGCCAGCUGCUCUGCAUUCAACACUUCCAACUGUCAGCCCUGCGCGCCGGGAUCGCAGUACGAUAAUGGCACCCUGCUAUGCCUGUGCUGCUCUGAACCUGGGCUGUGUCUAUUUCCUGGAGCGUGUCUCCCUUGCACCGCUGGCUUUUAUCAGCCACUGGCUGGACAGCAGCAGUGCGUGCCUUGCAAACAGGGCUUCUACACAAAUUUUACUGGGAGUCCACUGUGCCACCCAUGCCCCCCUGGAUCCUUCAACAACAACACUGGUGCAGACCACUGUGCAAGUUGCUCCCCAGGUUAUUUCUCCUCACUGCACAGUUCCACAUUGUGUGUGCCGUGUUCAAGAGGGACCUUUUGCAACUCCUCUGGUUGCUCCCAAUGCCAGACAUGUCCCGGGGGUUCAGAGACACUCCAGUCUGCAGCAAAAGAUUGCACUCCGUGUCGGCCAGGCAUGCAUAAAGCUUCCCAUCAGACAAUGUGUCAGAUCUGCAGCAGUGGCACGUUCCAGAUCCAUUGGGGUCAAGAGAGCUGUGACGUCUGCCCAGAAAACCAUUACUGUCCAAGUCCGGACGUGAACCCCAUUCUUUGUCCCAACGACGCCUUCUGUCCCGAGGGCAGCACCGGUCCAGGCUACUGCAUGGAGACUUUCUUUCGCAAAGCCGGGGACACGUGUGAACUGGCCCCAGUCACCAUCGCUUUAUUAGUUAUUGGAGGAGGGGUGGCUCUGCUCUUCAUCAUUCUAAUGGUCCUGCGAAAAAUGAGAGACAGCGACGGGGAGCUGAAUGUGUCCCGAGCGCCGCUAUUAUGCAAAGAAAGGCCUCAAGGACGCUAUUAUGGAAUCCCCUGUGAUGCGGAGCCUGUCUAUGCCGGUUGGUGAACCCGAGGAGAGAGCAAAAGGGGACAUUCUGUACAUUGAGUGCAUUACUGAAACACGCGUUGCUCUCGUUUGAGUCAUUCUAGUUUGAACGCUGUCCUUUUAUAAGCGAUCUUAUUGGAUUAGGAGCGUCAUGCUGCAAAAACGGAUACAU